AUGCCUGAAGGUUUCCUGGCAACGCCUACUUGGAACUACGCCCCGGGCCGAAGAUUGGUCUCUCCUAGUGCUGCUCUGGAGCCUGCUCGCCUGAAACCUCUCGUCGACUCGCAAGUUGAAACCGUGCUUUACUCCCCUACUCCGAGCACGAAAGUAGCAGUGUGCUUUUGUACGCUGCCUAUAAAAAGGAGGCACAAACACCUUGGAGGACAAUUUGGAAGCUGUAAAAAAUACGUAAUUGGCAGUAGCCUGAGUAUGAUGCUGAAAUCCUAUGAUUUUAACACAUUCACAGGACAGGUGGGGAAGGGUGCUCCUGAGGGUGGGUGUGCUGGGGACCCUAGCAACACUGCGGGGAGGAGCGAGGGGCGCGCGUCCAGGGGCGCAGGCGCUGUGAGUGCUCCGCUCGCGGCUUGGGCUCAGCUGGUCGCCUCCGCCCUCUUGCUGCCCGCGGUUCCCAGAUGGGCCAGCUCCAGGAAGACCAAGCAGGUGAACCUGUUGAUCGCGCUCGUCGCGGUCAUGCUCUUCAGCUUCUCCUGCUUCUGCAUCUCCAAGAUGUCUCAGACCAGUAACCAAUUAAUUAAUUGUAGAAACCAUAUUUUGGAGUUUAAGGAAAAUAUUCUACACAUAAAAAACAAAACUGAAAAAAAUCGCCACAAACUGAUGAAAGCCUUGAAUAAAAUGAAGUAUGAAAUUACACAGAGAGAAACUAUGUCAAUGAACUUAUAUCUUUGAAAAGAAUGCGAAUACCUUGGGUAAGAUGAAACAGUACCUAAGACAUUUGAAGUCCUAAAGUUCUUUUUUCCUCAUCUAAGGAAUGUAGGCCGUAUUUAUCCUGAUGUAAUCAUUGGCAAACAGAAAACAGGUGUUUCUUUUGCUCUAGGUGUUUCCACUGUUAGCAGAGGAAAUUGUAGUUACCUGAAGCAAACACUGACCUCUGUUAUCUCCAGGAUGACUCUUUUGGAAGAAAAGGACUCUGUGGUGAUUGUCCCUGUUGCAGAUGUAUUAAAUGAAGAUUAUUUAAAAUCUGUUGUUGACAUGAUUAGAAAAAAAUUAAAAAGGCAAUUUAGGACUGGAUCCUUAGAGGUCAUUUUAAUGCCUGCCUUUUUUUAUCCAAGCAUGUUACAUGCCAAGCAAUCAGCUGAGGACUCACAAAAAUUAGAGAGUUGGCAAAUCAAACAAGUACUGGAUUUCUGUUUUUUAAUGCUGUAUGACCAACCCAAGGCCAGAUAUUAUUUACAGCUAGAAGAUGAUAUCAUAGCUAAAAAGAUGUACUUAACGAAAAUCACAGAUUUCGUACAUAAUAUAACUUCAAAUAAUUGGUUUUACAUUGAGUUUUCCAUUCUUGGAUUCAUAGGAAAGCUAUUUAAAUCUGAGGACUUAACUGACUUUGCAUUUUUUUUAAUGUUCUACAAAGAUAAGCCCAUAGACGUGCUCAUAGGAAACAUUUUUCAGAUAAAGAUGUGUAACACAGGAGAAACUCUUGUGAGUAUUGCUUUACUUUGUAAAUACCAGAUAUUGUAG